AUGCCUUUAGAGGAGGCCGAGAAUGCUGAUGUGGCCCAAAAACCCCUGCCGUUGGCACAGCCGUAUUUGAACAAUCCCCAGAAAGCCGUCAAUACAGAGGGCCUGGAUGGACCUGUGCAAGGUCAGAAACAUAAUGGCCUAAGCGAAUUUGCAACCUUGGAAAUUUCUCAAGCGAACAAGCUCGUGGGGGGCGCUUGUAAGAAGCAAAGUUUUACAAGUGUCGCAGAUACAUGUACAACAGAGGACACAGACAAAGGAAAUAACAGAAACAUUGAUCAUUCCACCUAUCAUGAGAAUGCCCUGAAGAGAGCAUCGCCUGAUGUUCUCGGGGAUCUAUCUCGAACUCGCUUCGACUCCACCUCCAAUGCAACUGAAAGGAGCCAGCCAGAUAUGAAGAAGGUUCCUACAACAGAGCUUUUUCCCGGGCAUACUGGAGAUGGCUAUUUUCAUAUUUCGAAGGAAGUCCCGGAAGAUGAUAGUCCAGCUUUAGCAUCGCGCGGUCGAGACACACAGGAGCCAGUGAAGCUAAACAACAAAUGCGAUCAUGAGCCAGCAAAUAGGUCCCGUUCAGAGGUCCAACAAUUUCGGCAUUCUAUCACUAACAGGGACCAAUUCCAGCUUGAUCCCUAUGCAUACAUCGAUGCAUCGGAGCUGGAGCAGCCACAUCAAGGCUCAUCUUUAAAAGCCGAAGAUUCUGGGACUGCACAGAAAGCAUGGGAAGAGCUGUGUCAACUUCGCGAUUACUUAAAAAGAAUUGAUGCUAGUGACUCAGAGCUGUCCAGAUGCCAAAGUGCGGAAAAAGCUGCAAAACGGGUUGCAGCAUUGUAUCGAAACAAAGUUCAACUACUACGCGAGGAGACUGCGCACAGAAAACUUUCAGAACAGUCCGUACAAGAAGUUAGCCAUCUUAAAUCUGAAAAUGAGCAACUGACUAGAAGAAUUAACGAUCUCUCGGAGCGUUACAGAUAUUUUCAGCAAAAUUGUCGUUACAGGGACGAAGCCUAUGAGGUAGUAAAGCAGAACAAUGAAGACCUGAAAGUUCGUAUCGAGGAAGCAAAAGCUCAACAGAAGAAGGAAAUGGAGAGCAAUAAUCGAUGGUGGCAGCAGAAAUUGGGAGAGGAGAAGGCGCCAUUACAAGAAGAAAUCGGUCGUCUCUCAAUUACCAUUAACGAGCUUCAAGCCAACAAUUCAAAGCUGCGACAGACUGUUAGUCACAAUGAGCAUGAAAUUAGCCAUCUCGAGAGAGAGAACAGCAGGCUCGAUGAUUCAUUAAAGAGCACAAUUUCACGAUUAGAGGCUGACGUUCGUCGCGUGAAACAAGAUAAGGAAAGGAUAAUUAGCGAGAAACGCGAGGAAAUAGCGGCUCUUGAGAUAAGCCAUGCGGCGGAUACGAAACAUCUGAUAGACGCAGUCGAAAAGCACGGGGCAGAAAUAGGAGCACUUCAGGCCGAAAAUGACAAGAAAGCAUCUGAAAUGCGUAUGUUGCAUGAAGUUGAACUUUCCAACUUACGCAUAAAGUAUGAACAAGCUCUGAAGGAGAAGGAAAAUGAGGUGCGAAAAGAGGAACAACUUACUCUGCUGCUAUCCCAAGAAAAGCUCCAGGCAAAGGAAGAUGAGAUCAAAAGCCUGAAGGAUAGGCACGCCAAAGAGCUCACAUCUCGAGCGAGAAGAUACGAAGAACAGAUCAACAAUCGAAACAAAAUGAUUGAGGAGCUGGAAGCGGAACAGCAUGCAACAGAGAGACGGGUCAGGCAACAGUUUGCGCAGGAGCUGAAGGAGUAUAAGAAGCGCAACGAGAACCUCGUAGGCGAGCUGGUCGAGCGGGGUUCUUUUAAAGGCAUCUCGGACCGGGUCAUCGAGUCUCGAUUCAAGAAAAUGGCCAAGGCGGUGGACCAGUUCUCGCGAACAUGCACGAACUGGGACAAGAACCGAGAGGCAGACUGGCUAUGUCCGGAGAGCUUGAUCCAAGCGAACGAGAAUCCACGGCAGAUCAAGCAGUAUUUUGUGCACAACCUGAUUUGGAUGGUGUUCUACGACGGUUUGUUUGUACAUCCGUUCAAGUCGUUUGGCAUUGAUGGCGAGAAGUUCUUCGGCGAGUGGGUUGACACUUUUGGGCAAGACACGAACUCAAAGAUCGCGCCGCACUGGCCAGAAGCGAGCAAGAAGUCGGAGGAGUGGAGAUACAGCAAGAUGGAAAUGUGCAUGGAGGCAGUCCAUAAGACGGCUGGAGAUCCGAUUCUGAAGCGGGCGUUCAUCCAGAGCAUACAGCGGAUCGAGGACGAGAUAUUGCAAGAGCUAAACCGUGUCGUCGAGCCAUCGAAGAGCCAGCAGAUGAGCGUCAAGGACAUUGCGCAUCAGGCGGCCAGACUCUGGCUUGACAUAGGGGUUCAGCGGUGUAGAAUCUUGAUCACGGUGCCGCUGGAAAGUCGGGCAGCAUCGCGGAUGCAUGAUGUAGGGCGACCACGAGAACUGGUGGUGCAUCCAGGGGUGCAACGAUUCGGCAACGGACAGGGCGAGCAUCUGGACACACAUGACGCUGUUCUGUGCAAGAUGGACGUCCAAACGGUGGCAACGUGGUAAAGGGCUGUGAGGGAGAGAGGACGCCUUCGGUGACUUGGUUUCCAGAUCAUAUUUCUCAUGUUGAUUGAUCUCGUAGACGCUGGGGGUACAUGCUGCGUGGAAAAGCCAGAUGCAUUGGAAUGUACUGCUGACAGAGGGAGUACAAUGUCCAGUGGGCAGUGGUCAGCUGGAACGUAGGUGGCGUAUAACAGGCGGCGGACAAAGGGCGGCGAUGCAUGGACAGUGGACUGUGACGCUUGCGCGAGCUGCUGAGGUGAAGAUUUGUCGUGUGCCG